UGACUAGGAGGUGGGUGAGGAGUUAUCGUCAUAUCUCUGAGUUCAUUGGUUCGUCAAUCCGUCAAUCAUACGGUGCGGGCUUUCUUCAAUUUUCAUUGGCUAGCGAGUUCAGAGGAGGGAUUCGGCAGUCGCCCGGUAAUGGCGGAUGGUGGCGCCUGGCGGCCGCCGCGCCCCUGCGAGACCUACAGCGCCGAAUGGAAGCUCUGCCGCAGCGCGCGGCACUUCCUGCACCACUACUAUGUCCACGGCGAGCGGCCAGCCUGCGAGCAGUGGCGGCGCGACCUGGCCAACUGCCGAGAGUGGGAGGAGCGCCGGAGCGCGGAGGCCCAGGCAAGCCAAUUUUUUCAGUUGAUAUUCACCCUGACGGGACCAAGUUCGCAACUGGAGGACAAGGACAGGAUUCUGGGAAGGUUGUGAUCUGGAAUAUGUCUCCAGUCCUCCAGGAGGAUGACGAGAAGGAUGAAAAUAUUCCCAAGAUGCUUUGCCAGAUGGACAAUCACUUAGCAUGUGUGAACUGUGUGCGGUGGUCAAACAGUGGGAUGUAUUUAGCUUCUGGGGGAGAUGACAAACUGAUUAUGGUGUGGAAACGGGCUACGUACAUCGGCCCCAGCACUGUGUUCGGCUCCAGUGGUAAGCUUGCCAACGUGGAGCAGUGGCGAUGUGUCUCUAUCCUCCGGAGUCACUCAGGCGAUGUAAUGGAUGUAGCAUGGUCUCCCCAUGAUGCCUGGCUGGCCUCGUGCAGCGUGGAUAACACUGUCGUCAUCUGGAACGCUGUGAAGUUCCCAGAAAUUCUCGCUACUCUUAGAGGCCAUUCUGGGUUGGUAAAGGGGUUGACCUGGGACCCUGUUGGUAAAUACAUUGCCUCUCAAGCUGACGACCGCAGCCUGAAGGUGUGGAGAACGCUGGACUGGCAGUUGGAGACCAGCAUCACCAAGCCUUUUGAUGAGUGUGGAGGGACAACCCAUGUGUUGCGGCUCAGCUGGUCACCUGACGGGCACUACCUGGUGUCUGCCCACGCCAUGAACAAUUCUGGCCCCACUGCCCAGAUCAUUGAACGGGAGGGCUGGAAGACCAACAUGGACUUUGUCGGGCACCGGAAAGCUGUGACUGUUGUUAAAUUCAACCCAAAAAUCUUCAAAAAGAAGCAGAAGAAUGGGAGUUCUGCAAAGCCCAGCUGCCCAUAUUGCUGCUGUGCUGUUGGCAGCAAGGACCGUUCUCUCUCUGUCUGGCUCACGUGUCUGAAACGGCCUUUGGUUGUCAUCCAUGAGCUAUUCGACAAAUCCAUCAUGGAUAUUUCCUGGACUCUGAAUGGGCUGGGCAUCUUGGUGUGCUCCAUGGAUGGCUCUGUGGCGUUUCUAGAUUUCUCCCAGGAUGAGCUUGGAGACCCCCUGAGCGAGGAGGAGAAGAGCCGCAUUCACCAGUCUACCUAUGGCAAGAGCUUGGCCAUCAUGACUGAGGCCCAGCUCUCCACAGCUGUCAUCGAGAACCCAGAGAUGCUCAAAUACCAGCGCAGGCAGCAACAACAGCAGCUGGACCACAAGAGUGCCUCGGCCAGAGAGACAAGUUCAGCUACCUCAGUUGCUGGCGUUGUCAAUGGGGAGAGUCUAGAAGACAUUAGGAAGAAUCUUUUGAAGAAACAAGUUGAGACUCGGACUGCAGAUGGUCGCAGAAGAAUCACACCUCUCUGCAUAGCACAGCUGGACACCGGGGACUUCUCCACGGCAUUCUUUAACAGCAUCCCACUCUCGGGCUCCCUGGCGGGCACCAUGCUCUCCUCUCAUAGCAAUCCACAGCUACUGCCACUCGACUCCAGUACCCCCAACUCCUUUGGCGCCUCGAAGCCCUCCACAGAGCCUGUGGCGACAGCUGGUGCCAGGCCGGCUGGUGAUACUGUCAGUAAGGACAGUGUGAAUGCUACCUCUACUCCUGCUGCAUCGUCACCCUCCGUGUUAACAACCCCGUCCAAGAUCGAACCCAUGAAAGCAUUUGACUCCCGAUUCACGGAGCGGUCUAAAGCCACGCCAGGUGCUCCUGCCUUGACCAGUGUGACUCCAACAACUGUGGAAAGGUUGAAAGAGCAGAACCUUGUGAAAGACCUGAGGCCCCGGGACCUCCUGGAGAGCAGCAGUGACAGCGACGAAAAAGUCCCUGUGGCCAAGCCCUCCUCGCUGUCCAAGCGAAAACUGGAGCUUGAGGUGGAAACAGUGGAGAAGAAGAAGAAAGGGCGACCUCGGAAGGAGUCUCGGCUCAUGCCUGUGUCUCUGUCUGUCCAGUCCCCAGCUGCCCUGACCGCAGAGAAGGACACCGUGUGUUUGUCUGUACCAGCACCUGCACUGAAGCUGCCCAUGCCAGGCCCCCAGAGAGCAUUUACCCUCCAGGUGAGCUCCGAUCCCUCCAUGUACAUUGAAGUGGAGAAUGAAGUGACUGCUGUGGGGGGCGUGAAGCUAAGUCGUUUGAAGUGUAACCGGGAAGGGAAGGAGUGGGAGACGGUGCUCACCAGCCGGAUCCUCACUGCUGCUGGCAGUUGUGACGUGGUAUGUGUCGCCUGUGAAAAGAGGAUGCUGUCAGUGUUCUCCGCCUGUGGUCGCCGUCUCCUCCCUCCCAUCCUCCUGCCAUCCCCAAUCUCCACUUUGCACUGCACGGGUUCCUACGUCAUGGCACUCACGGCUGCAGCCACAUUAUCUGUCUGGGAUGUUCACAGACAGGUAGUUGUGGUGAAAGAAGAAUCGCUACACUCCAUCUUGGCAGGAAGUGACAUGACAGUGUCACAGAUCUUGCUGACACAGCAUGGAAUCCCAGUGAUGAACCUGUCCGAUGGGAAGGCAUACUGCUUUAAUCCAUCACUUUCUACAUGGAACCUGGUUUCUGACAAGCAGGACUCCCUGGCCCAGUGUGCAGACUUCAGGAGCAGCCUGCCUCCCCAGGACGCCAUGUUGUGCUCCGGACCUUUAGCCAUAGUCCAGGGCCGUGCCUCCACUUCAGGAAGACAGGCAGCCCGACUCUUCUCCGUGCCUCAUGUAGUGCAGCAGGAGACCACCCUGGCCUACCUGGAGAAUCAGGUUGCAGCAGCACUCACCCUGCAGUCCAGCCAUGAGUACCGCCAUUGGCUACUCCUCUACGCUCGGUACCUUGUGAAUGAAGGGUCUCCGGAAGAGGGAGCUGUUGAAAGAGCUACUGCCAGUCAUUGGGCAGAAUCUCCGCUUUCAGCGCCUCUUCACCGAGUGUCAGGAGCAGCUCGAUAUCCUGAGGGACAAGUAGCCUGCCUAGGCCUCCCCUGGCUACAGCAAGGGCAGGGCCACACUCUCGCCGCUGACAACACAGAGGACCACCUCUCACCUCGUCAGGCUACAGAAGGACGAGGAGACACUGGCAAGAGGUGGGCUGUCCCGUGCCAGCACCAGCCCAGCUUCCUGGGCAGACUUCCCCUAUUUCCUGGGCCUGUUGCUCCCUCAGAAGGGGGAACCUCUGCCAGCCAUUCAUCCCUCCCUCCAGGACCCCUGUGCAGAGCUGGGGCUGGGGCCCUGCCCUGCUGCCCUGGGGUCAGUGAGGCACUCCCAGGCCUGCCGUCUCCAGCACGGUCCCAAGGUGGACGCUAGUCCCUGCCACUGCAGGCACCGUGCUGCUUCAGCUAUGACGAAUGAGCCAUUUGUGAAAGAGAGAGAACCCCGAAAUGUUAGUGUAUUAUGCGGUCAGUAGACUGACCCCGAGACCUAUGUAAAAGGAAAGCCUAUUCCAACACGGACUAUUUUUGUACUAGAAUUUGCUAACUUGUAAUAUGGAAUUUUCCUUUUGGCCAAUAAUCAGGAUUUCCCUAUAAGUCACUUGGACAUUGGUCACUUGUAGGAAAUUUAAACUCUAAUUAUGACAGCUACAUUGAAAAAUAAUUGUACUGAAAUUAACUUGUCUAUCUUCAUUUGGUUUUAAUUUUUAAAUGUUUGUAAAAAGAGACUGUUUUUUGGGGGAAUGGGGCAGAGGGGUGGGCGAUUUCUUUUGUAAGUGUAAAAUAAAUGAACACGCAUUGGAUACCAAAUCA